CACGAUCCUGGCUCUGAGCCUGAUCUGUCGCCCUCUGACAUCCCCAACAUGGGCAAAGCCUCGCGGGGCUCCAAGAAGCGGCCGCUCACCCUCGAGAGCUUUUUCCGGCCGCCUAUCCCCACUACCGCCCAGAAGCCAUUGGGACCAACGGGUCGGUUGGCGGACGAGAUACUGGAUAUUGACAGCGACGACCAAGACCCGGUAGUAUGCUUUGAUCCUGAGUCGCCCAUGAGCCCGAGCUCCAAGUCCCUGGCUCGUGGCGAUGCGUCACAGUCCCCCGAACCGUCGAAUGCCAUCUCAACAAAUGCCACCUGUGCAAUCGGACCGGUAAUCAGCCAAACUGCAACGAGCGAGUCCAAUAGCUCGCCACAUGUAUCCAGCUCCUGCACCCUCCCUCCGGAAUCGGCAGAUCUGAGUCUGUUGCUGCCGAGGCCUAUAUCGCCUCCACUCGGACCCGAAUCAUCUUCCCAGGAACAGUUUACAGGAUCACCUGGCUCGAGGAGAACGACUCGGUCUGGAAGAGCUAUCAGUGUCCAGAACUACUAUGCCCCUAUUCCGCUCUUCCUUGGCGAGGAGACAGAUUCCAAUGAUAUCUAUGGCACCAUUGAAGAAGGAAAGGGGCGCCGGAAGCGAUUCGAUCCCGAAGCGCCUUUGCCCUCAGCUGUCGCUGGCUCUCGGACCCACAAUCCCGGAGACGCUUCUCGUCUGACACGCAGUUCCAAACCCAAGUCGCCGGACCUGUUCGAGGCCGAGGAAAGCAAAGACAGCUCUCAUUGUCCCAGAAAACUGUUGGACAAGAGCUCAGCAAGCACGGCCUGUGAUCAUGCAGGGGGGGAUGGCGCCUCAUCCAAGCAGACACAAGGGGCUCCUCUUGCGCCGGUUGAGUCGCUAUCAUCACAGCGCCGACAGCCUCGUGCAGAUGACAAGAAUACAGCGGAGGGCCAGAGACAACUUGACCAGGGCUAUAAAGGCAACCCCGCUGUUGCCCCAUCAAAUCCCACGCCCGACCCCCCACCAAAAAAAAUCCACCCCUUUUUUCAACGACACAAGACAUCUAGCGCUGUCGGAGAGAGCAGUACUUUGGGCCUCGUUGCCGAGACAGCCUCCGUCCCCGAUACUAGCACUCCUCCUCUCGUGCACGGUUCGUCGGAUCUGCUCCAGGUUCACACGUUUUUUCUGACGCCCGAGCAGAGGCGAGUGCAGCAGCAACUGAAAGAAAGAAAGCAAGCUCUCUUGGAUAAGCACGAGUCCGACCAGCUCAUGUCAUCCUUUUCCAGGGGCAAGCCGACGAACCCUUUCUUCCAAAAGACGUAUUCUAGUCCGACAGAAACUGCACUCGGAGCCUCCCGUCUCCAGUCGCUGAGUGCUGGUGCAUCGGUCACGCCAGCGCCGUUUCCGGAGCCAUAUAACCAUCAUGUUCAUGGCCGGCCGGACCACGCAUCAUCAAGUUCAGAUCGACUUAAAGAACCGCCUUGCCCGUUUCCUCUUCGACCUGUUCAUCCAAUGCAUACCGAUGAGCGCCCAACUGGGUCGAACACUACUGAUUUUAAGAAGCGAUUGUUCUCCAAGCCUGUCUCUUCCCUUGGAAACACAGACCAGCGCGAGAAGUUCUCCCCUCGAUACGUGGGAACAACUUAUCAAUCAGCGGAAGCUAUUCACAAGGAGCUACUCGAGGAAUACACCGAUGCCGUGUUUGGCCAGCCAGUUUACUCCAAGCUCUGGGGCCAAUGUAUGCAGGAUUUGAAGACGAGCCGAGGUGGACAAUCUUUCGCCGACGCGCAACGACUUUGGUCGCAGCAACACGAACCCCUCUGUUCAAACGAGUUUCUCGGCUGCGACAACAAGCCUGCCUUGGAUCAUCUGUCGUCGUGGCUGCAGUCCUGGAAUGAAGUCUAUGGCGACCUGGUCUGGAGCGAGCGCAAAAGAAUCCAGCGCGAGGCUCUCAAAAUGGCCCAGAAGCGCAAGCGCUCAACGGUUCUCGGGGAUUUCAUCGAUGACGACGAAUACGAUGCAGGCGACUCUUUCGAAACCAAGCCUCCGUUUAUGACCGUGUCUGGCCCCUCGGGAUCUGGGAAGACAGCAGCAGUCUAUGCCGUCGCACGCGAGCACGGAUAUGAUGUGCUCGAAGUCAGCAUGUCGGAUAAGCGUGGCGGAAAGGAGCUCCUGGCCACCGUUAGCGCUGCCACCCAAAUCCACAAAGUGCACAAGACCGCGACUAACAAAGACCACGGGCUCACGCCAAGCGACGUCUCCGCGACUGUCAUCGAUGUCGAUUCCCCUCAAAGUACUGUGACUGAUCAUACCACCCUGACAAAUCCGCUCAAGGAUGUCGGUGCCAAAGCGACUCGAAGCACCCUGGAGCCUGCGUGCGUCACAGCCUCCAAUAGCGUUGGCACGAUGAGGCCUUCGAAAGGCCAACACAGCGAUAUUCCUGCACCAAAUAAGCGUACGAGCAACAAGAGACGCUGUGUCACAGAGAACAAAAGGCGACCGAUCGAGUCUUCCUCAGGCACUGUCGACAGCAGCGAGGAGCCAGACGCGGACUGUGUUGUUGACACAAAGCCGGAUUCGCUCGCUGAGCAUUCUCGCCAAUGGCGCCCGGGUUCGCCUGAGGUGACAAUCACAUCCCCUGGCCGACGAACGUUGGUCCUUCUGGAUGAGGUCGAUCAACACAGUGUCGAUCAAGAUAAAGGAUUCUGGAGCGCUGUGAUCCAGCUUAUGGAGAGCAGCAAGCGCCCAAUUGUGAUGACAUCCAACGAGUAUCCAUUUUCGCCACAGAAUGGUGCUAUACCUCCUGGCCUCCUUUCCUCCCUUCAGCAAGCGACGUAUCGCUUGGAAAUGCAUCUGCCCUCUGUCUUCGAAGUAGCGCUCUAUUGCCAGUUGGUUUUGCUCCGUCGUGGGAUUUGGAUCCAACCAGCCGAGUUGACAUCAUGGCUCCGCAUCGAGUUCUCUGGUGAAACGCAGCAUUGCGAUGUCCGGCAAGCACUCAAUACCCUGCAGCUGUACAUAUGCUCAGCGAACAGCACCGCAAAUGGCGGCGUAACCAGCGACAUCGAUGCAUACAAGUAUGGAAACGACCAAAUCGCGAUGCGCUUCAUUCGGCUAUUUGAACAAGAUUCGCCAGUGGAGAUCUUUGUGCGCCGUCAAGAUAGGAGAGAGCGCACCAUCAAAGCCGAGAGCAGCAAUCGGGAGGUAUCCGAUCCCGAGCACGCAUCUCUACAUUCAAUCGUUGCCAUUGGUGUUAAUAAGCGGCAAGAAUACGAACACAUGUGUCGCAUGGCCUGGAUACUGGACUUGGAAUCCAUCAUGAAUGUGUAUGCUCGCCCGAGCGAAUGGAGAUAUGAAGAGACUGCACUGCCCAUCAUUGGCGAUUCUGAGGCCGAGAAGGUACUUGGAUCCUAUCCCAUCAUUCACGCUCCUUCAGGUUGCUCCUACUCGUCCCAUUAUGACGGCAUCAGAGAGGCGCUCGGUGACUUUGCACAGCUCUUGGAUGGUCAUGCAAGGUCAGGCCCUCCCGGCCGCAAAGCUGUAACGUUGCCUUCUCAAGGACCACGACCCAGGAUAAACUCAGAAUACGAAAGCUCUGUCCACGCGGCCCUCGAUUUCUUUACCCGUGAAUCCAUGCAUGUUGUCGAAAAGAGUUACCUCUAUUCGCUGCUGGCCCCAUACAUCUCGAUUCAAUGUCUUCACGACAAUGCUGAGCACCAAGAGCGCCAGCGCGUUCGUCACCGAACAGAGCAGACACUACAAGCAGCACACGGAGGACGCGGAGGACAAGUAGGACGAGCUGGACAAGAGGUGCUCCAGCAACUCAAAAGCAGCCCACAGAUACCGAUUGCCGAUAUGCCUUUGGCAAGCGGACGAGAAUGCACCUCCCGGAUCGGAACUGAGCCUUCCUCGCCGACCUGGGCUUCUCGUUUCAAGCAAUCGGUCGCUUCCGUAACUACCGCAGUCACGCCUACAGUGUUCGCACCAAGUUCUCCACCAACGAACUUCCGGCCUUUAGUGCCUCAAUCAUCAAUCGAUCCGUUCUCACUCAUUCCUAAUCCACCGUAUUGCCCAGCAAGCGCGACGGCCGGGCAUUUGCCUGCGCUGGAUCCGAGAUAUACGUUUGCGCCCAUGCUUGCUGAUCCAGUGUCCACAUCCGGCCCGAUGCCCAGCUCUGCGUCGACAGUACUGUGGCCCCGGCCGAUACCGAUGCAUGUACCUAUGCCAAUACCAAUGGUGAUACCGAUACCGACGCCGAUACCGACGCCGAUGCCGAUGCCGAUCCCGAUGCCGAUGCCGAUACCAGUACCGAUGCCAAUGUCAAUGGCGAUGGCGAUGCCUGUUUCAACUGUCCCGCUUGGAAUAGGAGCUGCAGGAAACAGUCUCGUAGUGUCAGCGCAAGAGUUGGCGAAUCACCCUCUCCUAUUACAUGGUAGAUUGUUGCCCACUUGGCCCUCAGCGCCUGCAAUCUCCGCACCACAUGUAGCCUCCACAGCAGCUGCACUCUCAGGCUCUUCCAUGACAUGGCGACCAUCCAGUCCCACCGACUCAGAGAUAGCACUGCCUCACCCGACUCUUGCAAACCAGCCGCAAUCUGGGAAUGGAAGCAUCGAGCAGUCUACCGCGGAUGCCUCGGUAUAUUCAAUUACCAAGAUUCGCCGAAGCCUGCGGGUGAAGGCCGGCGCACUGGGCUCGAAAUUCCGCCGGCACUUUGAAGGGCAACUGAGCGAGGAGUCAAGUGAGCGGCUCUCCAAGAUUUAUGCGAAUCUUCGAACCAGCUCCUCCGUUGACAGUGUGUCUGAUGCCUGUUUUUGAAUAAACAGGUUGGUCGAUGGACUAUAUUCAGAAAUCGUAGGAAACUGUCCCAUCGCAACCGAAAAUGUAGUUUUGAAAACCUGCAU